AUGCAUGGUGAUAUGGUGCAAAGAGAACGGGAAGAAAUUAUGAAGAAUUUCCGUAGCAGUGAAAGUCGUGUGCUGAUCACCACGGAUCUGUUGGCGAGAGGAAUAGAUGUGCAGGAGGUAUCAAUGGUGAUAAACUACGAUUUGCCCAACAACCGUGAGUUGUACANGAUAACUCAUAUGUCUCGACGUAAGUUGUUUAAGAAAUUUGAGGUCCGCCGUGAUAAGCUCCCAGGUGUUCGUUGGGCAUCCCAAGGUCUACAUAACAUAAUUAAAUUCUUAACGUAUUCAAGGGAUUGUGAAGCCAUAAAAAUGUCAGAAACGAGAAGCAAACGAGCUAAUCCCGAUGAUGAUUUCAAAAAUAUGGAAUUCGAAACAUCUGAAGAUGUGGCCGUCCUUCCCACUUUCGACUCUAUGGAUUUGAAUGAAGAUCUUCUCAGAGGUAUCUACGCCUAUGGAUUCGAACGACCCUCUGCAAUUCAGCAGCGUGCUAUUAAACAGAUAGUUAUUGGAAAAGAUGUUAUAGCUCAAGCUCAAUCAGGAACCGGCAAGACAGCUACCUUGGCGAUUGCAUCAUUGCAAGUUUUGGACACUCAACUUCGUGACACACAAGUGCUGAUUCUAUCACCUACUCGGGAAUUGGCGUUGCAAAUCCAGAAGGUUAUUCUGGGAUUGGGAGAUUUUAUGAAUGUGCAGUGUCAUGCUUGUUAUGGUGGAACUAAUGUAGGUGAAGAUAUAAAAAAAUUGGAUUACGGUCAGCACAUUGUGUCUGGAACCCCUGGUCGGGUAUUUGACAUGAUUAAGAGGCGGAAUCUUCGCACGAGAACUAUCAAAUUGCUGAUAUUGGAUGAGGCGGAUGAGAUGUUGGAUAAGGGCUUCAAGGAGCAGAUUUACGAUGUAUAUCGUUAUCUACCUCCUGGAACUCAAGUGGUAUUAUUGUCAGCCACUAUGCCGCAUGAUAUUCUCGAGAUGACUUCCAAGUUCAUGACGGAUCCCGUCCGUAUUCUCGUCAAACGUGAUGAACUUACUUUGGAGGGAAUAAAGCAGUUCUUUGUUGCUGUGGAGCGAGAGGAGUGGAAGUUCGAGACCCUGUGUGAUCUCUAUGAUACCCUGACGAUUACGCAGUCAGUGAUAUUCUGCAACACUCGUCGUAAGGCCGAGUGGUUGGCUGAGAAAAUGCGAAAGAAUAAUUUCACAGUUACCGUUAUGCAUGGUGAUAUGGUGCAAAGAGAACGGGAAGAAAUUAUGAAGAAUUUCCGUAGCAGUGAAAGUCGUGUGCUGAUCACCACGGAUCUGUUGGCGAGAGGAAUAGAUGUGCAGGAGGUAUCAAUGGUGAUAAACUACGAUUUGCCCAACAACCGUGAGUUGUACAUUCACCGUAUCGGUCGGUCGGGUCGUUUCGGGCGGAAGGGAGUGGCAAUAAAUUUUGUGAAGAACGAAGACAUUCGCAUUCUUCGCGAUAUUGAGCAAUAUUACUCCACACAAAUCGACGAAAUGCCAAUGAAUGUCUCUGACCUUGUCUAA